AUACAUUGACUGAUGAGUGAAUCGUCCACUCGUUUCACAGACCAGUCAUUCAAUUAUGAUUUCAUUGACUCCUCAAUGAGUUAUUGAAUUGUAUUUCAAUAUAGCAUUCAAUAUAUCAUUCAAACCAAUGCUUUACUAAUUCAGUUAUCAUCCACUCAUAAGUGUUCAUAAAAUGAUGUUUUACCACAACUCAAGUAAUCAACUAAACGAUGGUCUGGUCCGUCAUCUGAACGGUUGGUCACAAGUGGUUCCCAUAUCGAUGCCGUGGGCGGCAAACACUGUCACCUCCACCACAACCACCGCCACUCCUAUCAGUAACCCACAUAUGAUGGCCACUGCCGAGGGAGUCAAUUAUCAGCCAAAUGUGAUGCACUUCACGGCCAACACAUCUGAGACACCAAUUAAUCCAUCACUUCUUCCAUAUAAUCUUCAGCCAACUGUCGAUACUUUGCCCCCAAAGGACUGCCCUUUUGAUGUGUUAUGUCCCGAUCCGUGCACUUCACAGACGGCCACCCGUUGGGAGCUCUUGCAUAACAUGACAACCAAUGAAUCGGCAGCAGGUAGCGUGGUUGUGGAGUUCUCUGCAUUGCUAUCGAGCCUACUCCUCAUGCUACUUCUGCCAGAGGCUGCUGGACAAUUCGUCAUAUAG